CUUCCUUAAGUAUUCAUUUUCUCCGACAGUUGUUUUUCAAAGCGUUUCUUCUUCUUCCUCCCACUGCUCAUUCUCCAACAAACCAUUAUUGCCGCCGGCGGGCCAGCCAUUAAUGCUGCAACUCUGCUCAUCUAUCUCAAAACACAACAAGCAUUGUAUGUGCAGUUACGGCAGGUGAUAACUUAUUGCGGUGCUGAAUUUAGAUUUCUGUAUCGGUUAAUGGCGGAUCAGUUGUGUUACAUUUGUGGGGAUGUUGGUUAUGCAGAGCUGAUAGUAACCUGUACCAAGUGCAAAGUAGUCCGUGAACAUCUUUAUUGCAUGCCCAACAGGAAUGAUGAUGAAGUCCCCAAUUCCUGGCUUUGUGGUAAUUGUACAUUGGAUGGGGCCAAAAGUCCCGAUGGUUCAGGGUUGCAGGUUCAACCCAAAAUGCCACGACAUGCUAAAAUUGGUAAAGUGAAGUUUUUACCUACUGAAGAAGUAAUGAAGCUGUCAUCGGGAGGGAUUAAUGCGCCUUCAAAGUUGAACACAACUUUUGCACCGCAAAAAAAAUCCAAUUUCAGAAAAGUCUUCGAAAGCUCUAUGCCCCGGCCACUUUUCCAAGCAUCAAAAGAAUCUCAAGAACGAAGUCCUUUGAUGCCUUCAAAGACAUGUGGCUUGAAGAAACAAGCAUUAGCUACUUGUUUACCUCCAAUGCCAGUAGGCCCUGUACAAACUUUAAAAAAGGUGAAGGCGGAUACACUUGCUUGCACUUCUUCUGUGUCAAGGCAUGGUUGUCCUGUCACAAAAACAGGAAAAGAAGUUCCUUCACCUUCCAAUAAGUUGCAAGAUACACAAAAACAAAGGAAGGAUGCUUUGUUUACUCAUGAAGUAUAUGCAUAUCGUGACAACAAAGGAAAACAAGUUCCUUCACCUUCCAUUAAGUUGCAGGAUACACAAAAACAAAGGAAGGAUGCUAUGUUUACACAUGAAGAUUAUGCGUAUCGUGACAACACUGGAAAAAAUGUUCCUUCACCUUCCAAACAGAAGAAGGAUGGCUCGUGUAAGUAUCAAAUACAUCCAUCUCAUGACAACAAAGCGAAAGAAGUUCUUUCACCUUUCACUAAGUUGGAGGAUACACAAAAAGAGAAGGAUACUUUGUUUACACAUCAAAUACAUGCAUAUCAUGACAAGAAAGGAAAAGAAGCUCCUUCACCCUCUACUAAGUUAGAGGAUGUGCAAAAAAAUUUGAAGGAUGCAUUGAUGAUACAAGAAAUCCAUGCAUACCGUGACUAUUUCCCAUCAUUACAUGCCUCUUGGAAGGGAGGCUUCCACUUUGUUGGUACACGUAUGGCUGGUGAAUUUUAUGAUGGUUUCCUGGCAAAGCCUCCAUGUGUAGUAUAUGGUAGAGUUUAUGAAUUGUCGCGGAAGAUUCCUCCCAUUCUUCAAGUGAAGCUAGUUAGUCGCUCUGAUAUUUGGAAUGAUCUAUUUCAUGAUGAAUGUCCGGAUCUUGCCGAUGUUGCCUUGUACUUCUUUCCGUGCAAUAUUGAAAGGUCCAGAAAGAACAACUCUUUCCUAUUUGAACUUAUGGAGAGAGAAGAUUUAUUGAUAAGAAGUCUUGUUGACGGUGCAGAGAUGGUUCUAUUUACAUGUAGACAGCUGGAUCGCCUCUCACAGUAUGUUAUCAACAUGUUUAAUCCCGAAUACCUCAUUUUCGGAGUCUUCCGUGAAAUUAAAGACGACAAGUCUCCUUUUCCUGUGUUACAUUAUGGUCCUGCAGUUUCUUCAGUAGAAUCUAAUUCCAAAGUUCCUCUACUGGAGUUCAUGCCAAAGAAAACUGGAAAGCACGAUGAAGACAAUGUCGUUAAAAGGGAAAUUGACAUCGAGGGUGGAAAGACUGCCGGAAAGUCUCCAGCUGCAAACGAUGUAGACUCUACCAUUCAACGAUUACUGUUAGAAUUUGGGUCGCAAAAACCCAAGGAGUCCGAUGACAAUACAUCAAAUAUGAAUGCUCAGAAAAGAGAUGAGGAACGUACUCCAAUCGCAUCGACUGACUCCUGUUCUCUGUCCGCGUCAAAAGUAAAGACCGAACAUUCAUCAGAUACGAAGGCAGAAGGAAGUGAAGGAAUAAAACGCUUGGAAACGGAGCGUUGCUUGAAAACGGCAGCGCCAACAUUUAGUAUCAGCGGGUCUCAAAGCACGAGUGAACAAGAUGUUCCCAAGAGGGUUGCAGAAAAGUAUCUCCAAAUCUUUAAUGCAGGGAUUAAAAAGGAACGUCGGUAGUCGUGAUGCGAUGCGAUGCGAUGCGAUGAUUCAAGGUUUGAUUUUCAAAUACAUAGGUAGAUAUCUAACUUGUUUGAUUUAGCUUGUCAAUAGUAGUAUAGUGCAGGGGUAUAUCAUAGGCCUUUUCUUUUUGGUAUGUACAAGCAGUUGACCUAGCUUGUUAAUUCUUGUGUUGAAGACGUGUUUCGACAAAUCUGAUGGGGUACUCAUCUUAAGUGUCUACUGAAGAAUGGGGGUUCUGUGGCAGAUCUGUAUGUUGUGUAGUGAAAACAAAUCUGUAAAGUUUUUCUUUUUUACUUCGAAUUUAACGUUGCUUAAGCUUCUGUGUACAGUUUUAUCACUGCCUCGAGGUUAUGAUUAUUAUUGGAUUAAAUUACAAUUUAGUUUACGUCUACCUUGGAA